AUGUCUCAUCAAACUGGAAUUCAAGCUAACUCUGAAUUAAAAAAGUACUUGAGUAAAUGUAGAGAUGGAAAAAUAAGACUGCUCAAAGUCAGCAUAGAAAACGAACAAUUGACAUUAGCUAAAAUUCAAUUAGUUAAAGGGUCAUUUGAGAAUGAUUUUGAUAAAUAUGUUCCUUCGCUAAUAGAAGAAGAUCUACCAUGCUAUAUUUUAUACAGGUUUGACACAACCAAUUCCCUAGGAUAUGAAUGGCUUUUAAUCAGUUGGUCCCCAGACAGUGCUCCUGUGAGGCAUAAAAUGUUGUAUGCUUCAACAAAAGCCACACUAAAGCAAGAAUUUGGCUCUGCACAUAUCAAAGAUGAAAUGCAUGCUACUAGCAAGGAUGAAGUAUGUUUGAAAGGGUACAAAAUUCAUGUCAGUGGUGUCAAUGCUCCAGCCCCACUUACUGACAGAGAAGAAGCCUUGAAGGAACUACAACAAAAUGAACAUGACCCAAAUUAUGGCACAGAUGCGAGACAAUCGACUAUGGGGGGAAUAUCAUUUCCUAUUACAGAAUCAGCUAAACAGGGUAUUAUUGAUCUCCAACGUGGAUCCUAUAACUAUCUACAAUUUAAAAUAGAUUUAGAAGAUGAAAAAAUUUGUCUAUCGAAGGCAGCAAUAAUUAGUCUGACUGAUUUACCAGCACAGGUUCCAAGUGAUGAAGCAAGAUAUCAUGUGUAUAUUUUCAAACACACACAUGAAGGUGACCAUAUGGAAAGUAUAGUAUUCAUCUAUUCAAUGCCAGGAUACAAUUGUAGUAUAAAAGAACGUAUGAUGUACUCCAGCUGCAAAGGACAGUUUCUAGAAAUUAUUGAAAAAAUGGGACUUACAAUUGAAAAGAGGCUGGAAAUUGAUGAUGGUAAAGAGUUGACUGAGGAAUAUUUGUAUGAUGAAAUUCAUCCAAAGAGGAACUUGCAUCGACCAGCCUUUGCGAAACCAAAGGGCCCUCCAAAUAGAGGAGCGAAAAGGAUAACUAAAGCACAGUCAACUCAGUAAUUUGCCUACUUAAAGUAAUCAAUGCUAUCAUUAUAUUUCAUAAUUUUAAUUAGAUUCAAAUAAUUUUUUAUCAUAAACUUUAUAUUACAAGUUUCUAGUUUUAGACUAUUUUGCUUUUUAUUAUCUAAUGUGAUAUUUAAAUUAAAUAUUUCUAUGAUGUGUCAAUGAAAUUGCUUUAGCUUAUGACUAAGUUUUAUGAAUAAAGUAAUUUAAUACUGUUA